GUUGAACAGACGUAGGAAGUUGUGCAUAUUUGAGGCAGCCCGUUAAUAUGUUCGAUAAGAUAAGUUAAAAAAAUUAUUGCCAAACAUGUAUCCACCGUUAUUCGUUGCAUUACAAUGGUAGAGUAGUUUAAAAUGUAGUUAUUUUUGUCUUAUAUUAAAUUAUCUCGCGUGAAGUCAAUUCGACUUCGAUGUAGCUACAUCUGUGAUUGGUUAUGGGAAGCGUGUGAGUUUUCUUGGUCCUCCUAUUUACUGUAACGUUACGCCGAACCAAAUUCCCCCAUGUUUGAACGCUGACUGCCAGCGCCGCGCAAAUAUAGGCUGCUAAAGCUCUUCACAGGAAACUGAAACCGACUGCUAGCUCGAUAUACCUAUUUAGCUACGUGACCCGAUAGUGAAUGCCUGUUGGUGUCACUAGUAUGGCGUUUCAAAUGUCAACACUUGCAUGUCGUAUUAAAAUCCCAAUCAGUUUCGGUGUACUCACCCACUCUCGUGGUAUCAACAGUGGUAAAGUGUUCGGUCCGAUCUCGAAUCUCAAUCUAAACCGUAACGUUACAGUAUCAAAUCGUGUGUCAAAAUUCUUGCUGAAUUCAAGUGACCGGAAACAAUCUUGGUCUGUGUUUACCAGACGUUUGAACGUUGACGAUCCGACCCUACAUUUCGGUGUAAUUGAAUCCGGGCGAAGUGCGCCGAAGUUUUCAACCAGCUCAGUGUCCUUUCAGACGGGCAUUGGUUGGGCGCCUUCCCGCAAGAAGGCACGGUCGAUCCGGCAAGGCUGUUGCCUUUUGCUGGGUAGCCUAGGUCUUUCCACAGUAGUUGCCUUUCUUCACUCGACCUCGCUGCGAGCCAUGGCCACAGGGUCUGAUCCCAUCAACUUGGACUCAGCCAACACCGACUGGAAAGAGGCCAAAAAGUUUUUGCUCUCAGCACCCUUGGAGGAGAGACGGGCUUCGUACAGGACCACAGACUUCCUUGCUCUGGACCAGAUUCCCAUCUGGGCUCCAUCAGGACCUCCCGAAGGUAGUAAUACACUGCACCCACCAAAUGAGGCGCUGAACCCCAAAAUAUCUCUCUUUCGAGGCGACAUCACCAAACUGGAGAUUGAUGGAAUCGUCAAUGCUGCCAACAAGACUCUGCUGGGAGGAGGAGGGGUGGAUGGGUCCAUCCAUCGUGGGGCUGGGCCUCUGCUGAAGAAGGAAUGUGCCACCCUGGGCGGGUGUGAAACGGGCCAGGCCAAGAUCUCCGGAGCAUAUGGCCUGCCUGCCAAGUACGUCAUCCACACCGUGGGGCCCAUCGUCCAGGGCAGAGUGGGGCAGCGAGAGAGAGACGGCCUCCGCAGCUGUUACCGGUCCUGCCUGGACCUCGCCGUCAAGAACCACCUGAGGACCGUGGCGUUCCCCUGCAUCUCCACCGGAGUGUACGGGUACCCUCCUGAUGAAGCAGUGGAAGUGGCUCUGGCCACAGUCAGACAGUACCUGGAGGAACACCAUGCACAGCUGGAUCGUGUCGUCUUCUGUGUGUUUCUGAAGUCUGACGAGGAUCUGUACCAGGAGAGGCUCCCACUGUACUUCCCACGCGCUGGCUGACCAAUCAGAAAGCUUGGUUCAGGGACAGGUCACCAGAUGAAGAGCAAGCUGUGAGGUCAUAGUGAGCUCAUGCCCUGCUUGAUAGCUACUGUCUCCUCUUCCUCUCGAUCUUCCUCGUCGCCCUGGUCCUGCUCUGAGGGCCACAGUGACCAGUCUCCUGUGUGGCCUACUGCACCUGCAGCCUGGUGUACUGUGCUGAGGUGCGUCUGUGAUUCAGCAGCGCCUCUGACACUGCUCCAAUUGAAGAAAAGCACUUCCUCUAUCUGUUAAUGUACAGCACAAUAAAGACAACCCAUUAAAUCUGUCAA